AUGGGCCAAGCUUGCGGCCACUCCAUCCUCUGCCGGAGCCAGCCCUACCAGCCGGCCGCGUCUGACAUACGGGGCCAGCAGGUUUUCCUGAAGGCGGAGGAGACGCUGCCCAGCUCCGAGGCGCUACAGGAUGCCUUACUGAGUCUGGGCUCCGUGAUCGACGUCGCCUGCCUCCGGGAAGUCAUCAAAGAUGCCAUUACGUCCGUGCUCCCCAAAGUGGAGCAUGUGUACAUCUACCUGCUGGACGGAGAAGCCAGGCUGACCUGCGACGACCCUCCCCACGAGCUGCCUCCCGAGGGAAAGAUCAGGGAUGCCGUCCUCAAGCAGAAGCAGGUGGGAUGCAAUGGGCUGCCCCAGUCAGAGCUCCAGGGCAAGCCGAUGGACAGCCUGGCAGCCCCUUUGCCUCCUGAUAAACAAGUGUUGAUAAACCCGCUGGUGGACAAGGACUCGGCGGAGGUGGUCGCGGUCAUCCUGGUGCACUGCGGGCGGCUGAGCGAGUCGGACGAGCAGAACCUGCGGGCGCUAGAGAAGCAUAUCCUGGUGGCGUACCAGCGUGUCCAAACCCUCCAGAAGCUGCAGCCCUGGCCCCAGGUCAGCCUGUCCACCAGCUCGUCCCAGAAUUCCCUGGCCAAGACCGAGAGGGUAACGCACAGCGGCUACAGCGACCUGGACCGCAAGAUCCUGCAGCUGUGCGGGGAGCUGUACGACCUCGACGCGGCCUCGCUCCAGCUCAAGGUCAUUAACUAUCUGAAGCAGGAGACCCAGUCCCCCUGCUGCUGCCUCCUGCUGGUCUCAGAAGAUAACCACCAGCUCUUCUGCCAGGUCGUGGGAGAUAAAGUGCUGGAAGAGGAGAUCAGCUUCCCUCUGACGUUUGGGCGUCUGGGGAAGGUGGUGGAGGAGAAGAAAUCCAUCACCCUACAGGACAUCAGUGUGGAGGAACACAAGCAGCUUCACAACAUGCUGGGAUUCGAGGUGACCUCCAUGCUGUGCGUGCCGGUCAUUAGCCGGGCCACCUCCCAGGUGGUGGCCUUAGCCUGCGCUUUCAACAAGCUGGGCGGAGAGAGCUACACGAAGGCCGACGAGCACAGAAUCCAACACUGCUUCUGCUACACCUCCACCGUCCUGACCAGCACGCUGGCCUUCCAGAAGGAGCAGAAACUGAAGUGCGAGUGCCAGGCGCUCCUGCAAGUGGCUAAGAACCUGUUUACACACUUGGACGAUGUGUCGGUGCUGCUCCAGGAGAUCAUCACGGAAGCCCGGAAUCUCAGCAACGCUGAAAUAUGCUCUGUUUUCCUGCUGGACACGUUCAGCCAUGAACUGGUGGCCAAGGUGUUUGACGGGGGCGUGGUGGAUGAUGAGAGCUACGAAAUCCGCAUCCCGGCGGAUCAGGGCAUCGCGGGUCACGUGGCAACGACGGGGAAGAUCCUCAACAUCAAAGACGCCUAUUCCCACCCGCUCUUCUACCGGGGGGUGGACGACAGCACCGGCUUCCGGACCCGAAACAUCCUGUGCUUCCCCAUCAAGAACGAGAGCCAUGAGGUCAUCGGGGUGGCAGAGCUGGUCAACAAGAUCAACGGGCCUUGGUUCAGCAAGUUCGAUGAGGACCUGGCCACGGCUUUCUCCAUCUACUGCGGGAUCAGCAUCGCCCACUCGCUGCUCUACAAGAAGGUCCACGAAGCCCAGUACCGAAGCCACGUGGCCAACGAAAUGAUGAUGUACCACAUGAAGGUCUCGGAUGAGGAAUACAAAAAGCUGCUCAGCGACGGGAUCUGCCCCGUGGAAAGCAUUGACUAUCGCUUCGCCGAUUUCACCUACACGCCGCGCUCGCUGCCCGAGGACGACACGGCCAUGGCCAUCCUGAGCAUGCUGCAGGACAUGAACUUCAUUAACAACUACAAAAUGGAUCGCCAGACGCUAGCCAGGUUCUGCCUGAUGGUGAGGAAGGGCUACCGGGACCCUCCCUAUCACAACUGGAUGCACGCCUUCUCCGUCUCCCACUUCUGCUACCUGCUCUACAAGAACCUGGAGCUGGUCAAAUACCUGGAAGACAUCGAGAUCUUCGCCUUGUUCGUCUCCUGCAUGUGUCACGACCUGGACCACAGAGGCACCAAUAACUCUUUCCAGGUGGCUUCGAAAUCCGUCCUGGCGGCGCUCUACAGCUCCGAGGGCUCCGUCAUGGAGAGACACCACUUCGCACAGGCCAUCGCCAUCCUGAACACCCACGGCUGCAACAUCUUCGACCACUUCUCCCGCAAGGAUUACCAAAGGAUGCUGGAUCUGAUGAGGGACAUUAUUCUGGCCACGGAUCUCGCUCACCAUUUGCGGAUCUUCAAGGACCUGCAGAAGAUGGCGGAAGUGGGCUACGACCCGGAGAACAAGCAGCACCACAGCCUGUUGCUCUGCCUGCUCAUGACCUCCUGCGACCUCUCGGACCAGACCAAGGGCUGGAAAACCACCCGGAAGAUCGCUGAGCUGAUCUACAAGGAGUUCUUCUCCCAGGGAGAUCUGGAGAAAGCCAUGGGCAACCGCCCCAUGGAGAUGAUGGACCGGGAGAAGGCCUACAUCCCCGAGCUACAGAUCAGCUUCAUGGAGCACAUCGCCAUGCCCAUCUACAAGCUGCUCCAGGACCUGUUCCCGAGAGCCGCCGAGCUGUACGAGAGGGUGGCCAGCAACCGGGAGCAGUGGACCAAAGUGUCUCACAAAUUCACCAUCAGGGGCCUCCCCAGCAACAACUCGCUGGACUUCCUGGACGAGGAGUACGACCUGCAGGGGAUGGACAGGGAGAGUGCCAAGAUGAACGGCUGCCUGGACACGGAGGGGCACAUGGAGACGGUGGCGCAAUGA